AGGAUGUAAAGCAGAAAUCGUCAGAUCCUCAUGUCUUUCCUACAAAAGAGUGGUAAACAGAGUAGGGUAUGCUAAGUGUAGGGUGACACGCACCAACUUACUUUAUACAGAUCAUGGGAUCAUGUUGUUCACGACAGAAGAAGACCACGAGGAAGGGUAAAGUGGUUUACGAGUACGACAAAGUACCGGACAGUUUCCACUCCCCCGACUCUCCCGACAAAGUUAACCAACAUCUUCACAUACAGCACAUCAGCGAACGAGAUGUUGUAUCACAAGAUCUGUUGCCGGAUGAUCAGGAGAACGGAACGAUGUUCCUGCGGAGAAUAACCAUGGACGAGGGAUCACUCCGAAGAUCCCUGAAGAACAGACAUCGCGGUAAAGGUUCUCUCAGCUCCGAUCGCGGGUCGCCAAGCACGCCAUGUCAGAUGCAGAAAGCUAAUUCUUGCUCGACCAUAUUUAUUGACGACAACACUGUUAGUCAACCGAACCUCAGAGCUACGUUGAAGUGUGUAUCAUUGGCGAUAUACUAUCACAUUAAAAACCGGGACAAGGAAUCGGAGUUUGUGGAUAUUUUGGACGAAAAGCGACAUCCGAUAACGAAGCAACCGGUUCCUUCGGACUACGCUAAGAACGACCCUCCAAACAACUAUAUUUACAGAUAUAUCAAGAAUUUAUUUGUGUCUGCUCAGUUAACUGCGGAAUGUGCUAUUAUUUCUCUGAUAUACAUAGAAAGAUUAUUGGUGUGUGCGGACAUAUGCUUGCAGCCGACUAAUUGGAAACGAAUUGUAUUAGGGGCAAUUCUCCUCGCCAGCAAGGUUUGGGAUGACCAAGCCGUGUGGAACGUGGAUUAUUGUCAGAUAUUAAAAGAUAUGGUGGUGGAGGACGUAAAUGAGCUAGAGCGAGUGUUUCUGGAACUGAUACAAUUCAACAUAAACGUUCAGCAGAGUGCUUACGCCAAGUACUACUUCGACUUGCGAUCUAUAGCCGAACAACACGGCCUCACACUUCCUAUUGACACGUUAGACAAGAAACGUGCUAAAAAAUUAGAGGCUCGCUCACAAAAUGAGGAGUACGAUAAGUUGGCGGAUAUGGCGGAGUCUGGUCCCGUAAAAUGUAUAAGUCUGGAGAAUCUUAGCAAACGGCGGCCUUCCAACACCGUCAUAUCAUAGCAUUAAUUUUAUUUUGUAUAUUUUCGAGUGCACGCAUUGUAUUCAUAUAUAUUGAACAACGAUACUAUUAAUUAAAUGAUGUACUUUUGACGAAUUUUAUACUUAUCACUAAUGAUUAUUUAAUUUCACGAUGCUUUUUAAAAAAAUUUAAAAGUAUAUUAACUUACGUGAUAGGAAUAAAGAUGUCGCCGUGAAACGCCGCGCCCUGACAUUAGUGGUCAGAUUGUUAGUGUGUGAGAUACCUUUGUGCUUGCCUACUGUCAAUAAUACUGCAAAACAUCUCAUCCUAAACCUCAUAGACCUUGUUUUCUGGCAUUUAUUUAAUUUAAUUAUCAAAUUGAGUCCCUCAAAACCUGCAAAAAGUUUCAUUUUAGCAUAAUAUGCUAAAAUGAAACUUUUUGGUUCAUUAAAGUACGAUGUUUUGCAGCAUUAAAGGAUUAAUCGACUAUUAUUAUCUUAAGGUAUGUUCUCUCACAUAGUGGCAAAUUCCUGCGUCAAGAUAGCAUUAAAAUGUGGUUGUUAAACCUUCGUUGCUCUGCUAAACCUUCGUAGCUAUGCAUCUAUCAUUUAUUUAGAAGCCUUUGUGGGAACUAUUUCAAAACCCUACGGACAAUUAAUAAUACUGAACGGACUAUAUAUUAAUCUAUUAUCGAUGAUUUAUCAGGGAAUUGGGAAAUUACUCUUAAUAUUUGUUGUAUUGGAAGGUGAUCGAGCUUAUGAUAUUUGUGACGAGAGAGUUGAGACAAACAACCUCGUGGUACAAAAGAGAGGCGGAAUCUUAUGAAAAAAUGUUUGUGUUUAUAACUGUAUAACAUAGCUAUUAAAAUGAUGAAAUUGAAGUAAAACAUUUGCAAUGACGAAACUUUCUCAAAUGCUCCGAGGUUAAACUUUUGAACUAAAAAGAGUAGAGAAGUUUCUCAAACCAUUUGGUGAAAAGAUAAGAGUGUUUUACGCAGUGUUGCGUCCAUCCCCGAACCUACUUACCCUGGAACUAAAUAUUUCCGGGCAAGCAAAUUCUGUCAUAAAUUCUUAUUUUACAGACAGUAUCAUGUAGAUUUUAUAAACCGAACCAGCAAGAGUUCGGAAAAUUUGACCUAAACAAGAUCGGGAUAGAAGUUUCACUGUGCACAGUGUUCGGUUCUGCUGUUGAUUGUGUAUCUUUAAGUUUAAGGCAGCGUGCCUGUCUGCUCACCUUUUACACUGCUCUGCUAUUUAUUUAUAUGACGUUUUCUCAGAAACCACUUUAGCUUUAAUUUAAAAUUGACCGGAUUUAAUAUGGCUUUUGUAUCAUGUUUGAUGGAAUUUGAGACUAUUCAUUUUCAUCUAUAA